AUGUUGCUUUCCAGUCCGGCUCCUCUUACCCAUCUGCGGCCCCUGCCCUUGAGCCAAGAGGCCUGCAACGAGGUGCCUUUCGGCACGCAUCAGCGUCAACCCCAAGCCGGCCUGGGGUGCAGCCAGGCCCCAAAUGUCCCCCUGUAUCCUUCCCCCUUCGGCUCCGUCCUCAAAGUUUGGGAGAAGAAAUGGGUGACUGUCGGCGACACCUCCCUGCGGAUCUACAAGUGGGUCCCCGUUACAGAGCCGAAGGUAGAUGACAAAAAUAAAAGCAAGAAGAAGGGUAAAGAUGAGAAGUGUGGGUCCGAGGUGACCACCCCAGAGAACAGCUCGUCCCCGGGGAUGAUGGACAUGCACGAUGACAACAGCAACCAGAGCUCCAUAGCCGAUGCAUCACCGAUUAAGCAGGAGAACAGCAGCAACUCUAGCCCCGUGCCAGAACCGAACUCGGCAGUGCAGGGGGAUGGCCCUGAAGCGAAGUCCGACGAGGUCCACGCGGAGCCUAAGGAGCAAGCUGGAUCAGAAGAUACUUCUGAUGAGCAGAAUUCACAGUCCUCGAUGGAAAAUUCAAUGAACAGUUCAGAGAAAGUCGAAAUGCAACCCUCUGGGGACAACAGUAUAACCACAGAAGCAUCAAAUAACUCUCAGGAUUCGGAAGGAGCACCACCUUCUAAAAAGAUGAAACUAGAGGCUUCCCACCAAAACUCCGACGAGAUUUAGACACGGAAGUAGAUUUUUCCCAUCCCGUUUUUACCGAAGGUACACCGGUGGGGGCUUCAUUUUAGAACACCCUGACCUACGCAAGCUUCUCAUGGAUGAGAACAGAACUCCUAACUUUUUAAAGUUUACUGAGCAAAAAAAAAAGAAAAAAAAUUCCAAGGAGACCUAGGAA